CAGACCCCGAGAGCGACUGGGCCACGAAGCGCAGGCUCGCGUGCCAUCGAUUUCAGACGGAACUCCCAGGUUCAUGUGUUCUCUCUUUCCCUUCCCCUGUGCAGCUCCUCAUUGUCUCCCAGGCCGAGGUACCAAUGCGUGCGCCCGCUUGCUGCAGGUCGGUGCACGCGGUGUCCCCGGUUGGCCCGGCUCCCAGCGGUUUCACGAGGCGGUGUGUAUCAGGACACAGCCAGACAGCCAGACACCUUCCGACGAGGCCGGCCGCGUCAGCGCGCUCAUGUCGGAAGUCUUCCGCCUCUGAGUGCCCCCCUUUCCUUCCUCCUCCACGGCCGCCCUGUCCGUCUGUUUUCCCCUCUCCUGCAUGCUGGGCAAUUCGCUUCUCGGUGCCCCCGUUUCGCUCUAUCGCUGGUGCAGAUACUCCUUGCCUCGCCGCCGACGAAACGAAGUGUUCCGUGCAGUGGCACCGUCGGUGCGAUCUCCACUCUUUGUUCCCCCCUCCGCGAGAGCGGGCCGGCUGCGGCAGCCAGGCCUUUGUCAGCGUCACCGAGGGUCUGCAGAGGAUAUAUCGCGACAAGCUCUUGCCAGUCGAAAAGGAGACGGACUUCCACUUUUUCUAUUCCCCGGAGCUCACGGAUGCGGACUUUGCUUCGCGACCCAUGGUCCUCCUAAUAGGCCAGUACUCCACCGGCAAGAGCACCUUCAUUCGCCACCUUCUAGGGCGCGACUACCCGGGGCUGCGCAUCGGCCCCGAGCCCACGACGGAUAAGUUCGUGGCCGUGGUGCAUGGGGACAACGACCAGGUCAUUCCUGGCAACGCGUUAGUCGUCGACAAGUCCAUGCCUUUCACGCAGCUGGGCCAUUUCGGCAACGCGUUCCUCAGCCGCUUCGAAUGCGCCAAGCUGAACAGCCCCGUGCUGGAGGGAAUCAGCCUGAUAGACUCG